UUCAUUGAAAACCCGCCCGGACUGUUAUUGACGCGCACGCGUAUUAAGGCCCAACAAAGGGCCGAAAUAAGAACGGUUCGCAAGUGAAUCUGAUGUAUUUAUGUCAUAAAAAUGGUGAAAUCUGUGAAGUGGCGAGUAGAAAUUAGGAUAUUCGACGUGUCGAAUCAUGACCGAGGCAUCUGAAAAUGUCUGCGUGGUGCGUGUCCGCGCGCAGGUGAUGUGUCGCGACGAGGGCACGGGCGGCUGGGUCGCGCUCAGCGGCGGCGGCCUGGCCGACGUCAUGGUCGGCCGCCGCGAGGGGCGCUUUGUUACUGGCGGCGGGCAAGCGGCGAGCGGGAGUAGCGACACAACAUCGGCGUCGGGCGCGGCACCCGUGCUGCCGUACGAGUACUAUAUACACGGGAAACGGAUAAGCGAUAAUACGGUGGUGCUCGAGUGCACGAUCCAAAAGGACUUCCAGUACCACAAGGUGAUGCCGACGUUCCACCACUGGCUCACCGAGGAGAAGCGCUUCGGGCUCACGUUCCAGACGGCGGCCGACGCGCGCGCGUUCGACCGCGGCGUUCGGACCGCGCUCGAGGAGCUGCUGGACGGAUUCCUACACGGUCUGGGUGGCUCGUGGCCCUCACACUAUUCGUAUAAACUGCGAAACCAAGAGCGGAAAGAUGAUGAUGAAGAAAACAAUAUAUUCGAAUGCCUCAACCUGCCGACGGACUCGCGCUCGAGCUCCGAGAACUCGACGGCGAGCCGCGCGCGGCGCGACGACCUGCAGACGCCGAUCCUCUCCGCCAUCACGCUGCCGCGCCACCCGCUCUCCGAAUCGCUGAAACAGUACGAGACUCAGUUCGCCGAGAAAUCUAUAGAGGACGAUCCAGACCGCUGUCCGUACGUUCAACUGUCUGCUGUUCACGAGUACACGUACCCACAAGUGAGUCCGGGCGGCAUCAUUAGUUCAGAGAAAUCAUCGCCGAACACCAAGCCAGCACUGUUGAAGCGAGAUUCAGGGUCCAUAAAGAAAUGCUCAUAUAGCGGGCCGCCGCCACUGCCAGAUAAGAAACCGGCCGAGACUUACCAAGCUAGAUUGAAAUGCAGGCAUUGCCACGAAUGGUACUUGGAGAGCGCGAACGGGAACGGCGCGUGCGAGUACGCGCCGGACUGUUUCAAGUCUUGCAUCGAUCACGUCAGUUGCAUUCAAUGCGCUCAGUGUAUGCUGUACCACUGCAUGUCGGAUUCGGAGGGUGAUUUCGCGAUGCAUCCCUGCGCGUGCGCAGCGCCCGAUGAAAAUUGCGCCAAACGCUGGCUCGGCAUUACUCUCCUCAGCCUGGUGGUACCCUGCCUCUGGUGUUACCUGCCCCUCCGUUGUGUGCACCGAGCUGCCCGCUCAGCCAGGAUAGCUGGUGGGCCACACGCUCCCAUGAGGAAAUAGCAUACGCUUCAGUAGUACAGCGGUGCGGGGCGAGCAGGUGGUUGGUGCACCGAUGAUGGGAAAAUAAUGGAAGAUGAAGAUUGAUGAGGGAGUGGAAGUUGGAGUUGAAGAUGGUAUUUUUAUGGUGGGGUAUUUU